AGGACCGAACGGAGGCAGUUCUCAUCCUGGCUUGCAAACCAAGAACCGCCAUUAAAUUUCGUUUCUUCCUCCGUACCCCAUCCCUCAAAUUUCGCGAUCGACACCUAUAAAUUCAUCCCCUCCUCGUCUUUAAUUCUUCGUCUUCCAGAUUGUUUCCAUUUUUGUCUCGCUCUUUCUUUUUCUCAAGUGUCUUCACAGAUGCAAAUCUUCGUUAAAACUCUCACCGGGAAAACGAUCACCCUAGAGGUGGAAAGCUCAGAUACAAUUGACAAUGUAAAGGCAAAGAUUCAAGAUAAAGAGGGAAUUCCGCCCGACCAACAGAGGCUUAUCUUUGCUGGUAAGCAGCUCGAGGACGGUCGAACGCUCGCCGAUUACAAUAUCCAGAAAGAAUCUACACUCCAUUUAGUGCUUAGACUUCGCGGUGGGAUGCAAAUAUUUGUGAAGACCCUUACUGGCAAAACCAUCACUCUUGAGGUGGAAAGUUCUGAUACGAUUGACAAUGUCAAGGCUAAGAUCCAAGACAAGGAGGGUAUCCCCCCUGAUCAACAGAGACUUAUUUUUGCUGGUAAGCAACUUGAAGAUGGUAGGACUCUGGCAGAUUAUAACAUUCAAAAGGAGUCGACUUUGCAUUUGGUGCUCCGAUUGCGCGGUGGAAUGCAGAUUUUUGUGAAGACGUUGACGGGCAAGACAAUCACUUUGGAAGUAGAAAGUUCAGACACUAUUGACAACGUGAAAGCAAAGAUUCAAGACAAGGAGGGCAUUCCACCAGACCAACAGAGGUUGAUUUUUGCUGGUAAGCAACUUGAAGACGGUAGGACUCUAGCAGACUACAACAUCCAAAAGGAAUCAACGUUGCACCUUGUGCUCCGACUGCGCGGUGGAAUGCAGAUUUUUGUAAAGACGUUGACAGGCAAAACGAUCACAUUGGAAGUUGAAAGUUCAGACACCAUUGACAAUGUGAAAGCAAAGAUCCAAGAAAAAGAGGGUAUCCCACCUGACCAACAGAGAUUGAUCUUUGCCGGUAAGCAGCUGGAAGACGGUAGGACGCUAGCAGACUACAACAUCCAAAAGGAAUCAACGUUGCACCUUGUGCUCCGACUGCGUGGUGGAAUGCAGAUUUUUGUGAAGACGUUGACGGGAAAGACGAUCACCCUGGAAGUAGAAAGUUCAGACACCAUCGACAACGUGAAGGCAAAGAUUCAAGACAAGGAGGGCAUCCCACCCGACCAACAGAGAUUGAUCUUUGCUGGCAAGCAACUGGAAGACGGUAGGACACUAGCAGACUACAACAUCCAAAAGGAAUCGACAUUGCACCUUGUGCUCCGACUGCGUGGUGGAAUGCAGAUUUUUGUGAAGACGUUGACGGGCAAGACGAUCACCCUGGAAGUAGAAAGUUCAGACACCAUCGACAACGUGAAGGCAAAGAUUCAAGACAAGGAGGGCAUCCCACCCGACCAACAGAGAUUGAUCUUUGCUGGCAAGCAACUGGAAGACGGUAGGACACUAGCAGACUACAACAUCCAAAAGGAAUCGACAUUGCACCUUGUGCUCCGAUUGCGGGGUGGAAUGCAGAUUUUUGUGAAGACAUUGACGGGCAAGACGAUCACCCUGGAGGUCGAAAGUUCAGACACUAUCGACAAUGUGAAGGCGAAGAUACAAGAUAAGGAAGGCAUCCCACCCGACCAACAGCGAUUGAUCUUUGCGGGUAAGCAGCUUGAAGAUGGCAGAACUCUAGCAGAUUACAACAUCCAAAAGGAAUCAACUCUGCAUUUGGUGCUUCGACUGCGUGGUGGGAUGCAGAUUUACGUGAUGACAUUGACGGGGAAGACGAUCACAUUAGAAGCCGAAAGCUCAGACACGAUUGACAAUGCGAAGAUGAAGAUUCAAGACAGAGGGAGUACCUCUGGAUCAACAAAGACUGAUCUUUGCUGGUAAACAAUCGGAGGAUGGUCGGACUUCGGCUGACUACAACAUUCAGAAGUCCACCCUCCACCUUGUCCUCCACCUGCACGGUGGCUUUUAGGUGGCUCCGAUAUGUCGUCGACUUUCUAUUAUUGCUGGAUUUGUGGUGUCUUCGUGCCCUCCUGGAUGGUUUAGUAAUAAUAAGUACGUACAAUUUCAUUCUUUCUGUUACAGACUGCCGAAUGAAUUUACCGUUUUUUCCCCUUGGA